GAAUAGAUUAGGGCCAGUGAAGAAAAAAAAAUAACGUUGGCAAGAUUCUCACUUUUAAGUGAUAUAUCCGACUUACUUCUACUCUCAAGUCGGGAUUUUGACAUUCGUAUGUAUAUUUUCAGAAAGAGGGAUAAAUAUUUAAAUCCGGCAACAGGAGUUGCCAUUUUCUGGCGCGGGAAAAUCAGAAGUGUUUUUUGCCCGCAAGCUCAAUGAGGUCUUCGUUGUUCGCUACUCUGACGCACGCAUUUUAUUUACGAUCACCCUUUAAAAACGUCGAAUGAACCGUGGUAAACAUCGCGGAAUGUGUCCCAAAGUGCAUCUAAUAGUUUAGACGAAAGCUUUUGGUCCUAUUAUGGGUCGCUACGACGAGGUGAAAGUGUUGCUCAAAAGAUGGGAACAGAGCUUUGUCAAGGAGCACAAGAGGAAGCCCUGCAAGGAAGACAUUGAUCAAGCUUCAGAGGAUACCAGGACUCUAUACAAAGAGUAUUAUACUUUAAAACUGGCCAAAGAGAAAAGCAGCAGCAGCAGCACAAGUAACGUUGCAACCGGACAUAAAAGUGAACAGUCUGAUUCUGCCCUUCAGAAGGACUGCUGGGGUUCUCAUUUGAAUCGCAGCGCUUUCCCGGCGUCUUCGCCCAGACCGCUUAGUGCCCUGGACAGAGAUGCUCUGAAGGCCUCUGCGCAAUAUUACGGCUUUAAGAUCAAGAAUAACCUGACAACGCUGACUCACAAGGAGAAACCCCUCUCUUUGAAAAAACCCGGACGUGUGCCUGUGGACUCCUUAAAAAAAGAUGCUCAGAAAGAUAACACUGUCACCACAACCCCUGAUGCGGAACCCAGCCCCCCCAGGAAAGGAACCCCGUGGGUGGAGCCGAACCCUGAUGAACCUCUCGAGCCAUUUCGACCCAUUCCAGAACCGGCUAAAGGUUCUGUGAGUCCUGGUAGGUGUCAAGUAUCACCUAUGUCCAGUGGAGAUGUAGAAAAAGAUUCAGGGACUUUACCUGGAGCACUUGGACCUGCAGAUUUUGGAGGGCUUCGAAUAGCCGCUACCGCGGGAAGGCCUUCUCCCGCCAACCGGCUGAGCAAUGUGGACACGAAGUGGCUGGAGAGAUGUCAGGUUUUUGCUGAGCUGGAAGCUGAAGGGAAGCCCGCGGCAGGAAACCAGGAGCGAUGUCAGCCAAACUGGAAAUCUGAGGAAAAACGAGCAGACGAUAAAGAUGCCAUGACCAACAUUUCGGUAAAUCCCGCUCCACAAACGAAACAAAAUACCCAAGACCUUGCGCCACUGAAAGAACCCAGCGGGAGCCCACCAAAGAAGAGUGGGAAGAAGAGGCAGCGAGAAGGAGCAGCGACGGAGGACGCAGGACCCCAUAAGAGGAGAAGAAAAAAGAGCGAGAAAGGAGAUGAAAAGGAGGAGACGGCUGACAAAGGAGAUGGGAAGAAGAGACGCAGGAAGAAGGGAAAAGAGGACGCCACCCAGGUGGAGGACGACAAAACGACAAAGGAACCAAAGAAGGUUCCUCACGAGAACCUGCUUGGAGAAGUCGAGGAAGACUUUGGCGCCAGGCGAUCACAUCAUGCGCAGCUAGCCCGAGGCAGAGGCUCCAAAAUUACCGAGGGGAACUUUGUGAAGAUCAAUCUGAAGAAGAAAUCUCACGUCAAAGGAUAUGCCCUGAGAGGAAUGACCCUGCGCAAACAAUUGUCCAUGCAGAAGUUCCAUCUGAAAGGCGAACGUUUCGGUGGCCGUGGGGGCUUUUUUGGUCGAGGCCGGCGCGGCGGCGGCCGCCAAGGCGACACCUGCUUCAAGUGCGGCGGCGCAGGACACUGGGCUGUCCACUGCAAGGGAGCAGCUCCACCGCCUUCUCUUCCCGACCAGCAGCCCGUCGAAGACGAGGAGCCCUUUGAGCUGCCCACCCUGGAGGAGGUCGCCAGGGCGACGGGAACACUGCAGCCCCAGGACCAAGAUGGCCGUUUCAAAGAAGAGCAAGAACCGGAGAACGGCAACAACGACGAAGCUCUGCUCAACGUGAUCCGUCCCGAUUACGAGCGUCCGGUACCUCCGCCUCCCGUCGAGCCGCUUUACGGCCUUGCGGAUGAUGGCAAAAUUCAGGAGACACCGGACGACGUCUUUGUUGCUCUGCGAGAACUUGGCUACGACUCGUUCAGGGCGGGGCAGGAGGAAGCCAUCAUGAGGAUCCUUUCAGGUCUCUCCACUCUGGUGGUGUUGUCAACAGGGAUGGGGAAGUCACUUUGCUACCAGCUGCCGGCUUACUUGUUUGCCAAGCGGUCCUCUUGCAUCACUUUGGUCAUUUCCCCACUCGUCUCGCUCAUGGAUGACCAGCUGUCUGGCCUGCCGGCCAACCUGAAAGCAGCCUGCAUCCACUCCAACAUGACGAUGAAACAGCGCGAAGCUGCGAUACAAAAGGUGAAGGCGGGUCUGGUGUGCGUGCUGCUACUCUCCCCAGAAGCGCUUGUUGGCGGCGGCGGCGGCUCCAGGUUGGGGUGCCUGCCCGCGGCGCAGGAGCUCCCCCCUGUGGCCUUUGCGUGCAUCGAUGAAGCCCACUGCGUGUCGGAAUGGUCGCACAACUUCCGGCCGUGCUACCUCCGGCUUUGUAAGGUGUUGAGGGAGCGCUUGGGCGUGCGAUGCUUUCUUGGGCUCACAGCCACAGCCACGUUGUCGACGGCCCUGGACAUCGCCCAACACUUGGACAUCAGCGACCAGGACGGCAUCGCCGUCCGAUCCGCCGCCGUUCCCGCCAACCUGCACCUUUCCGUGUCCAUGGACCGUGAGAAGGAUCAGGCUCUGGUGUCCUUGUUGAAAGGCAAUCGCUUCGGCUGCCUGGAUUCGGUGAUCGUCUACUGUACCAGGAGGGAGGAGACCGCUCGCGUCGCUGCGCUCCUGAGGACCUGCCUGCAGGGGACGCUGCUGAAAGAAAAUAAAGAGAUCGGCAAUAGCCAAGCAAAAGUCAACCCCGUGGGGCAAAAGAAGAAAGAACUCGCAAGGAAGAAGAUUCGCAAACCCCUGAAGUGGCAGGCCGAGUCGUACCACGCCGGCCUCUCGGGAUCGGAACGGCGCCGGGUUCAGAACAACUUUAUGUGCGGCGAGCUCCGGAUCGUGGUGGCCACGGUGGCGUUUGGCAUGGGCCUGGACAAGUCUGACGUGCGGGGCAUCAUUCAUUACAACAUGCCCAAGAGCUUUGAGAGUUACGUCCAAGAAAUUGGGAGAGCAGGGAGAGAUGGCCAACCGGCACACUGUCACCUCUUUCUUGAUCCCGAAGGUAUGGACCUGCACGAGCUGCGGCGUCACAUCUAUUCCGACACGGUGGACUACUACACGGUGAAGCGGCUGGUUCAGAAAGUGUUCCCGCCGUGCAAAUGCAGACAGAUUCAGCGGAAACGGCAGCAACUAAUCCGGGAGGACGUCAGCGAUGCAGAGAUGAUGGAGAUCGACGAUCGGGAAACCGGUCGCAACGCACCCGCCCGGCAGGAGAUGGUGCAGUCUGCAGACGACGGUCAUAAAAUUGACGAUACGGAUGCGAAAGAAGUCAGCGUGGAGAUUGUGGGUGACCAGGAAGUAGGAAGCACCUCCGAGUGGCCCGUGGAAAGACUGUGUCACACUCAUGAGAGAGCCAUGCCCAUCCAGGAGACGGUAGAGACCCUGGACAUCACAGAAGAAGGUAUUGAGACGCUUCUCUGCUAUCUGGAGCUACAUCCACAGCGCUUUGUGGAGCUUCUCCACCCCACGCUUUCCGUGUGCAAAGUCAGCUGCUACGACGGACCCAAACAGCUGCAGAAAAUCACCAAAAUCUGCCCGCCCGUCGCCGUAGUGUUGGCCCGUAUGCGCAUGGCGGGGGAGGGGGUGGAGUCGUGCAGCCAGCUGGAGUUUGACGUGGUGGAGGUCGCCGACAUGAUGGGAUGGCAGCUCCCAUUGGUCAAAAGGGGACUCAGGCAGCUGCAGUGGAGCACGGGUCCAGCUGGCGGGCGGAGUGGCGUCCUCGUGGAAUUCUCUUCCCUGUCCUUCUACUUCCGCUCCUACGGCGACCUUUGCGACGAGGAACUGGACAAGGCGUGCCGGUUCCUGCAUAAGCGCGUGCAGGACCGCGAGAGGUCGCAGCUCUACCAGCUGAGCGCCUGCUUCAAGGCCUUCAAAAGUGUGUCCUUCAAGAGCGUGCUGUCCUGCUUGGACAACUUGGACGAGGGUCCCAGUCUCCGGUUGAAGGAUCUUCUGUCAGACUACUUUGACAAGCGGCGGGAAAGAGACCUCACUCUGGAACCAGAUGACAGCCUGCAGCACUACAAGCUCUUGGACUGGGAGAAUCAGAUCCGAGCAGACAUCAGGAGCUUCCUGUCCAACAGAAGUGAUGAGAAGUUUUCAGGAAGAGCUGUUGCUCGAAUCCUUCAUGGCAUCGGUAGUCCGUGUUACCCCGCCCAAAUAUACGGCAGAGACCGACGCUACUGGCGGAAGUACAUCCAGUUUGACUUCAACCAGCUCAUCAAGCUGGCUACGCAGGAGAUCAUUCAAUUCAAGUAAAACACAGCCCGUUUUUUGUUGUUGUUUCAAUUGAAUCUCAAUUUGUUUCUUUGUAUAUGAAUAAAAUUAUUUUUUUAA